CCGCGCAUGCAACGCGCACGCACGUACACAAAGUAGAAAUGGCGACAGUUUGAGGGAAGUCGGCUGCCAUUCUUUAAGUUCAUUUUUCUCCCUUUUUGUUGCUAAAUAUUCAUUGUUUCCCGUGAAUUUUCAUUCAUGGGAAAGGCAGUGUUGGACAGUCGCAUGAGGUCCUUUGUUUAGUGAUAUUUAGCUGUCACAAUGCGUCGGUUCCAGAGAAUUAUUGAGCCGAUAGACGACUAUUUGUCUUCAAUUGGUUUGUACAGGAAAAUCACUGCGAAGGAUGGCUCGUGCCUUUUCCGCGCGGUUGCAGAACAGGUGUUUCACACCCAAGCCCACCAUCUCAAAGUGCGAGAUGCAUGUGUCAAGUAUAUGGAAAAUAACAGAGACCGCUUUGCUCCGUUCGUUGAGGGCCCCUUUGACCAACAUCUUGUGAAGCUAAAGGACCCAAAGGAAUGGGCUGGCCAAGUGGAGAUUAGUGCAUUGUCUCUUAUGUACAAGCGAGACUUCUUUGUCUAUCAAGAGCCUGGGAUUGGUGCAUUCAACGUCACUCAGAAUGGAUUCACAGAUAAGAUUGUGCUGUGCUUCUCCCAUGGCAGUCACUACGACAGUGUCUUCUCCAAGAAGUUUCAAGAGAAUGCUGCCAUCUGCCAGUCAAUUAUCUAUGAGAUUCUGUACAAAGAUGUCUUCAAGCUCUCCAAGCAAGUUGACGAGGCAGUGGAUAUUCUACGCAGCUCUAACAAGAAACCCAUGAGGCGAGAUGGCCACUAUGGCCCUGAUGGAAUGAGAGAUGGACGAGGCAUGGAUGGAGAUCACAUGGGAAUGGACAGGGAUGGGAGAGAUCGAUUUGGUCGAUACCAUGAAGAGAAGAAGAGACCGCCACUUCCGUACCGUGUCGCUAAAGCUCUGGAUCCUGAGAUCUAUCGUAAUGUGGAGUUUGACGCUUGGAAUGAAGCAAGAAAAGAACAACAGCACCAGGAUUAUCUGGUAGCUUCUGUCCUGCAAUAUGCACCAGGUGACAAGUGUCAGGUAUUCUUGGAUGACCCUAAGAAGCUGUACAAUGCUCACAUUCAGGAUGUUCAACCUAACAACGGUCCUGUCACUGUCUUCAUUGAAGAUCUGGGGGAAAAGCAUACCGUUCCAAUGAAGAAUCUGAAACCAGUGGAGUCACUGAGUCCUCGUCGACCCUGGAGCCCUCUGGGAGUCCGAAGCUACAAAAAUCUAAAUGGGUACUUCCAGAAAUAUGCCAAUGGAGUGAACAACGAAUCAGGUUACAAUCAGCCGUGUCACCAGCAGCAGCAGCUACAGCAGCAUCCAUCCUUCGUGCAUCCAUUGAUGCAACAAGACAGGCAGCACCCAAGAUCAACUUCUCCUUACCAAAGAGGAAGAGGGGGUGGUCGUUGUAAUCACACCAUGCACAAUGCCAUGUCUCAGGAGGAGUAUGAUGAGAAACGAGCAUUGGAGGAAUCCUUGGCACUCUUUGAACUUCAAGAACGAGACCCUGCAUCCUUCCCUUCUCUGCCGGGGCACUCAACUGGUCGCAUCAACUCGGCAAGUCCAGUCAAUCUAUGGGAUAAAUUCAGGAAGGAGGGCAGGAAGAGUGCCUCUCCCAUCCAGAGAAUCAAUACACCAUCUCCCGUGGCUAUGUUUGAAGGUAGAGGACCUGUUCAUGGUGACGGCAUGCAGGGACAAUUUCAAGACAUGUCUCUUCAUGACAAUGACAGAGCUGACGGACAUGGGAUGCCUAAUUCGGGAAAGAUGCAACUCAACAAGGAGGUUUACCAACCACCCCACCAGCCAUCCAGAGAGAAUGCUGGUACCCCGCACACCAACCAAUCCCCAGGCACACCUAAAUGGCAUUCUUCUAACUCUACCCUGAGCACCAGUGGAAGCAACGCCUGUCCAUCGGCUGGUAACACGCCAUCUCCACCUGCUGUACCCAUGAUACCUAGCUAUAAUGCACCAAUGCCUACUCUGCCUGGAUGGAUACCACUCUAUCCGCUGGUCAUUCCAAUUACUGAGAAUUUGACAGGACCGGUCAACGCUAGUGCUACAGCAUCCAGAGACCCAAACGGCUACGAUCUACCUUUGUCAGAUGUGUCUACUUUGCGCUAUUACUACAACUUGGGAGUAGAGUACCACCAUCGUCUCUGCCUUCUUCAAAUGCACCAGUGGCAACAGCAGCAGCAGCAGCAGCAGCAACAGCAGCAGUCAUUCCAUCCACCUCAAGACCCGUCGUCUUGUCCCAUAGUGUCACAGGCUCAACAACAGCAGCAACCUGCAAUGCAGACAUCGUCAGCUAGCAAUCACUUCUCUCCAGAGGGCGCUAUGUCUGCUAAUAACAACGCUCUGGAUGAUGACACAGAAGAAGGCAUGCGUCAGAGAUCCUGCACUCCCAAUGGACUCCAAGGUAUGACUGUCAAUACCAUUCAGCAGCCAACAUUAAGUCCGUCUGGUGUGAAGCAAAAUGGUACGCUUUGCCCAAAUGUUAUUCGACAACCAGUGUUACAUCAACAACAGCAGCAACAGCAGCAACAGCAGCAACAGCAGCAACAGCAGCAACAGCGACAGCAGCAGAGACAACCAUUCCUUCCACUGCCAGUGAAUGCUGUGUACUUUACUUUCCCACCGCGGGAUGUGGGUUUCUCUCUUGGCAGUACACAACCCUCUAAUUCUCUCCCAGGUCACGAACAACGAGAGCAGAAUGGCAGACAGAGCCCCAGAAAUGUCCCCCUGAGGUGUAUGAAUGGCCAGCCAAUGCAACAGCAACAACAGAAUACAGACAACCACGUGGUGUCAGAGUUUAAACCUGAUACUGAAGCCAACGCUAGAAGCAAACCAGCAUCGUUUGUGACCCCAAUGAGACCCAGCAUGCCUCUUAGAAUCCCUACUCCAAGAUCAGAAGAUCGAAGUGUCAAUAAUAUUCCUUCUCACAUUCCGGGGUCUCAAUCACCUUCAUCCUGUCUUCCUGCUUGUCCUUUAGAGAUCCAGGCCUCGUCAGGGCCAGCACCUAGGAAUCUUGUUACUCCAACCCGACGCAAAUCACCCUUUGAUAUUGUUAGUCCAGGUGUCUUUCCCAUGUCACCUUUUCCUGUUCUUAACAAUACUAAUAUCACUAUUCAACCCCCUGUGUUGUCUCAAACAGGACCAACGCAGCCGUAUUACAUUGAUUCGCAAGCCAAUCAGCACAUUCCGCAGCAGCAACAGCAGCAAUUGCAAGCACCAGCACCUGUCAGCACUUUCUUCAGUCCUCACGCUAAUCCACCGGCCAUCCAAUCUGAGCCCUACCCACAUAUGAAUUACCACCCAGCACCUCCACCUCCACCCCCACCACCCGGGAACCUAGGCACCUAUCAGUACCCAGUACAAGGUCAGUGGCAACCUGCAUUUCCCUAUGGCAGCCCAGUUAAGGUACCCACUGUAGCCUAUGGCCAAAGCCCUCCAGUCACCUUUAUGACAAGCAAUGCACCUUCUUCAGCACCAGCAUUGUAUAUGCCCACUUCUCACUGAAACCAAAUGACCAAAAAGAACAUUCAUGAGGAUUUCUUGUUUGUUUUCAAUUCUUGUCAGUUAUAUUAGUGUUAAUUCAUGCAUCUAAUGGUGAAAUAAACAUUAAUUUAUUUCUGACAUUUUUGGUGCAACGUAUGGAAAUAUGCAACAAUUCUUACUUCUGUUUUGUAAUCAUAACAAAUUGUAAACAGGGUAAUCUACCAGUGUCUUUUUUUAAGGUCAACGUUUUUUUGAGGAAGCACUCCCUUGUCAUGAUUCAGUUAUAACAACAUUUAUCCUUUAGAUAUUUUUUUGGGCUGAUGGAAAAGUGGUUCGUGGCAUUGCAAAUCUACUGUGCUCUCAUAAAAUGAAGUAAUGCCAUUUAAAAUUUGUAACACAAAUGUUACUCAGCUUUUUGAUAAUAUAGCAGGCAUACCCUUGAAUACCAGUCAAAAUGUUAUAGGACAAUAACUGGACAGUUAAUCACAACCACUGUUGUACUGACAACAGUAAUGUGAGUUCUGUUAUAACUAAUAGCAAUCCAGCACAUCAAACAGUUCAAAGUUAGAAGAUCUGACAACUUUCCGUUUAGUGCUUACUGUGUGAGUCAUUUUUAACUGCAAACAAGUGAGUACACCUGUAUUCAAGUCCAUGUAAAUUGAAAUACAUUAUUACUGUUACUUCAGUUAAAAAAAAGUGUAAUUUUAUAAGUGACAGUGCCUUUUCUCGUAGAGGAUACAAAUUUCUAAUUUUUUUUUUUUUUUUUAACGAGUGGUGUAGAUGAACGGUUACCACAGACAUGUUAUUUUUUGUUCAGUAUCAAAACUAAGAAAGUAUUUUUGACUCAUUUUUUUGAGAUGCUGUAGAGAUUGAUGGAAAGAGAAAUGAAAAACGUUCCCGAACAGGGUAAACAGGUUUUAUUAAAUAAUUUACAAAAGAGAUUUUCAAAAGAAAAUUAUUUUUAAUAAGAUUUCAAAGAUUAAAGACAGUAAAUGCAAUAUGCAAUUGUUACGAAAAGAAGAACACUAUUUUUAAUUGAUUACGUCAGGAAGUCGUUAUCAAAAAGAACAGAUUAUAUUUGGGGUUUAGAAGAAGUUUCUUUACUUUGAUUGUUGUGGUUAAACUGUGACUAAAAAUAAAUCCAGAAAAUAUAUGCUUUCUAUUUUUAUAAUAAAAUGUUUUGGCUGAGAAAGUUCAAAUGCAGCUAAGUUUACUCUUCGAGAUUAGUCCCAUUGUUUUGAAAUUGUUUCUAAACUUUGUUUUUGAUGAAUUACAAACAUAUCUGCAACUUCUAAAUCAAAAAGAAAGAGAGCAAUUUAAAAUACAUCAUUAAUAUGCAUUCAAUCUUAUCAUUUUUACUACUGAAAUUUACAAAAGAAUAUUUUAUGAAUUGAAGCUCUCCAAGAAAUACAUUGUAAGGAGGUGAAAUUUAAGUUAGAAAAAUGACUCAGCUGAAAUGCUACUCAAGUUCAGAAAUAUUCUUUAUGACAUUAAUUGUCGAUGGCAGUGUACGAUGCAGCAACCAUGACAAGUUGUAUAUUCCGAAAAAUGAAAACAGACAUUAAGGUAGCAGUAUAACAUCAUUUUGAAAUCUACACUUUUCUUUUGAAUAAUAGUACCCAUCUGGGGAUUGAAAAUCACAGCAAGUUUAUUAACAAGUAUUUAACAAAAUAUUUUGUGAGGCAUUUGAAUAAAUUUUGAAAGGUGCAGUUCUGUUGUGGUUUAGGGGCAGUGAACCAAAGACAGAAAUGUUUGUUUAAAUUGAAGCAUACAUGUACUUCUCAUAUUAAACAUUUGUUUCCUUCAAAAAAUUCUCUUUUAUCUGUGUGAUGUAAAUUGCCCAUGAUUUUUCAUAUUGGCUACAUGUUCCUAGAAGAAUUGUUUAAAAAGUUUAAAUUUGUUAAUGAGCUGUGUUUUCGAAACCAAACUUAUUGUUAAAAGAUAAAGGAAUAUAUAUCUAAACUCAAAUUAUUUUGUGAUAUGUAUGUUGAAAUAUGAACAGCUCUGUCAAUGUUAGUAGGGAUGCAGUCAUUAGAUUUAUAAGCAGCAAUUUUCAAAUUAUUUGUAAAAUGAACAACUAAAUUUGGUUGUUAAUUACUAUUUCUAUACGUUUGAGCCUGUUAAAUUAAUGUAAGAUAUUAUACCUGGGAGAUUCUUUUUAAGCUGUUUGAAUUGUGUUGUAAAGUUGCUGUUGCAAAAUUUACCAAACUUUCAUGAGUUUGUGAUUAAAAAAAAUGUUUUUAUUAAUCUGCAGACAUAUCUAUAUCAGAAUUUUGUUGUUUUAAAAGCAGAUCCACAGUUGUAACUUAAAACUCUUUGGAGCGUUGUUUAUUAAAAAUGUCCUGCUUAAUAUUACUGCGUUUUUGUGUUGCUUACUUGCAGUAUAUUGCCAAAUCGUUUCAAUUAUAUUUGAAAUUUCUAAUUCUUUAUGUUGAUACAUGUAUGUAACUUGUUGAUCUUGUUCUGAUAUUGAUAUUGGGUUUUUUUUUUCAAAAUCAAAGUUGUAUGCAACUAAAGUUAAACAAAAAAUGUUGUCUUUCUUCACUAAGGAAAAGUAUAUAAAACUAUACAUGUGUAUUAUUUUUGAAAAAGUGAAAAGUGGUUUUCUAAUUAUAUUUUGAUAUUCCCAUGAUUUUUCAUAAAUUAUAUUUAAAAAAAAAAUCAUACAAAUCAGUGAGAUUACAAAGUGAAAUGAAAAGCGAUUUUUGUGAGAUAAUUUAUAAUGGUUGACAACUGAUUUCAUUUGUACAAAGGAAGUUAUUGUUUGAUAACCUAACGAUUUACACAUAUUUGAUACUCUUAUUUAAAACUAAAUUAAGUGUUACUGUUUAUUUGAACAAUGUUUAAACCAUUGGAAAACAAAAAGUGCCUUACUCAUGACAUCUAUUUAUUACACAACCAAAAGAAAGCUACUACUUUUGAGUUCUUUGUCUUGAAAUAAUACUGCAUAACUGUGCUAUAGGUUUGUAUUUCUUUCACAGUUAUAGGUUGAAGUAACCAUUAUUUUAUUGACUGAUUUUGUGCUCACAGGAAACACAUUGAGCAGAAAAGAUUACAUGUGCAACAGUAUUAUUCGCCAAGUAAAAUUUAACCUUGUGCAACUGUUCCUGUGUAAUUCAGUUUGUGUGCUUUACAUCUUUGAAUGUGGUCAUUGAAUGCAAGCCGAAGUUAUGGCUGAGCUUAUGUGAUAAAAAUUAAUCUCGCAGGUAGCAUUAUAUUAUGUAAAUAACUUACUACAUUGCAUUUUAUUAAAAUCUGUCUUUGUUUUCAUGUUGGUUCCAGAAGUUAACAUUUCCAAGAAAGAUGUGUUCGGUUUUUAUAAUUUGUUUUCCAAAAACUAAGCCGUCCCUGGCAAGAAGCCUAUUGUAACCUGACACUAUUUGCUCGUUUAUGGGUUCCGAUUCCGAAUUGUGCUUGUAAAAGGUGAUAGGUUUUAAGAUGACUGUUUGUACGAUAUUUUAUCGGAUAUUGUUCGAAGCAAAAUCUUAAAAUCUUACAAGUCUUAAAUUCGGUGUAAAUUUCGUGCAAGUUUUAAAGUGCCUUUGCAUUUGUGAAGCAUCUUAUCGUUUAAGUUUUACAAAGAAGACCCACAAGUAAUAUCAUUACGCACUUAGGUUUUACAUCCUGUAUUUUACUGAUAUGUAAUGAUGUGGUUCACACGUGUUGAUUUAUAUGAGGAAAAGGCAAACAGCUAUUUAUUAAUAUUCAUCUUUUUUCUUAGAAAUCAAAUGAAUGUUUUGUUUCUCUUUCCCUAUUUCUUUGACUAUUUCGUAUUUCUGUUGUCAUUUGUCUUUGUAUUUACUUGUAUAAGCUUAUUUCUCUUAUACUAAUUCUGUAAUGUGACAUUGUUCCCGCACUACUCCGUAUACGGUAUUGUAAACGUGUAUUCCACUUAGCACUUAAUAAAUUAUACUUGUUCCCACCUAACCUUUAACUGCACAGCAUUUUCAAACUUGCUGAAUAGGAGUUGAAAUAAAACUUGGCACUGCUUAAGCAAAAAUUG